CGAUGCUGUAACAGGAACACAGUCUGCAACUGGGCAGCGCGAUGGAACAACCAUCCGCUCUACUGCUACUCCUCGUACUACAGAGCACCGCUGCCGUCUACCCAGGAUACACUACAGACAUAGAAUGCUACCAGAGGGUGGCCAUUGGAAAGAGGCUCAAAGAGACUGAUGUCAACGUCAACGUGACAGUCGCGACCGUCCGCCAGUGCGAGCAGGAGUGCGAGCGGUCAACCUGUCACGCCUUCAGCUUCGGAGUUAAACCUGGAGGAAACGGGACCUGCGAGAUAUCGGAAAAGAAACCCGAGGCAGAUCCAAUUCCAGAUGUGGAAUACGACCUGUUUUACAAAAAUUCUCAAUGCCUCAAUAAAACCUCUUGUUUUCGCCGGUUGGCUUCGGGAAGAAGUCUAAUCGAGAGGUACGUCAAAAAGACCAUUUUCUGUGACUCGCUGAGGAGUUGCGAAGAGACCUGUGCCCAGGAGACGUCGUUCAACUGUGAAGGAUUCAAUUUCAAGUACGGCAGAUCAGGAUUCGGACAGAGCGUGUGUCAGUUGACAUCAGUACCCAGUUCAAAAUUAAGCUUGACUUCGGACUUCAAUUCGGAUCGUGAUUUUGACUUCUACGAAAAGGACAGGAACGCCCCUCGUACUUGCUACUUUCCUUUCCUCGCAUACAGGCCAUGGACCGGGUACGGAGGUCCCGAGUACGGCCAUGGAGGUCCCGAGUACGGACACGGAUACCACCCGAACUACAUCCCGAGCGACGGCGGACAUCACUACGGCGGAAAUCAACACGGCGGACAUCACUACGGUGGACAUCAUCACCACGGUGGACGACCACCGGUCGACGGUUACUACGACGGUGGUCCACCUCCUUCAGAGGACUAUCCGUCACCCAAUCGAGACGAUUACAACCCUAACCAGAUCAUUCCACAUCCAGGCUGGCAGUGGGACAAAGGACAUGAGUAUGGUGGUGGAGGGCACCCUGCUUUCGGGCUUGAGCACGGAUGGGGCUUGCCAGAUGAAUGCUUCAUUAGAACGAGAUCGGGAUUUCGUCUGGAUAGAACGAAAGUCCUAACUUCUCUCACUGUUCCUUCCCUUUACCACUGUGAGACCGAAUGCGCCAAUGAAAAAAUGUUCUCCUGCAAUAUUUUCAGUUUCAGGUAUUCCGUGAGUCCUGCCGUUCCCAGUGACAAUUGCCAUUUGGGCGAGAGUUCGUCCAGAAAUCUCGACAGUUAUACGGACAUUCUGCCUGAUCGGGACUACGACAUUUACGAAAGGAACGUCAACGGCCGAGAUGGAUGCCAGCCGAAACAGUUCUGGGGAAGCGAUUGCUUUGAAAGAGUUAAGUCUGGGCUUAGGCUCAAAGACUCGACAGCCAAGUAUUCUCUAAAAGUACCUAGCCUGCGUGACUGCGAAUCGGCGUGCGUUCGCAUGCCUUACUUCACAUGCAGAGCUUUCAGCUUUCGGUAUGGCCCUCCUGUAAUUGGCGAAAGAGAAGAGAACUGUUUACUCACCGACUGGCUCCUUCCAGACAUGAACAUGCAGAAACAUUUCACCCAUGAUCCUGAAUGUGAACUUUACUAUAGAGGAAGCUAUGGACAUGGAUGCGAAAUCGGAAGGAACCCUGAAUUUUUAGGAGGAUCGCCACAUCAGCACGGAUUCCAACAUGGGAAUUAUCUUCCUCCAGAAAAACCAAUUGGAGGCUAUUUACCUCCUCCAAAACAACCAGAUAUCCACCCAGUAAAACCACAAGGAUUCUUACCCCCUGAAAAGAAACCCAGUUCUACAUAUCCUUUAGAUAACAAGCCUCCAUCUGGAUACAUCCCACCGAGCAAGCCUUCAUCGGGGUACCUUCCACCGAGCAAGCCUUCAUCGGGGUACCUUCCACCGAGCAAGCCUUCGCCGGGAUACCUUCCACCCCAUAAGCCACAAGACGGAUACCAUCAUGGCUACGGCUCCCUUGAACGGCCACAUGGAAGUUACUUACCGCCUAACAAAGAAAAUAAACCAGCCAGUUACCCAUUUAGGCCAGUAAGGCCUAUUGGUAGUUAUCUACCACCACAAAAGCCGAUAAGUGGGUACCCUCUAGAAAAACCCAGUGGUAGUUAUUUUCCUCCUAAACACUUCGGUAGCUACUUACCGCCUGAUAAGCAACACGGAUACUAUUAUUCUGAAAAAUAUCCUUACUAUGGGCAUCAUCAUAGAAAGCCUGAUGAUUCUAUUUCAAGCAGUUACUAUCCGAUAGGGAAGCCCUUAGAGCAUAAAUAUUUUCCUCCUCAUGGUACAUAUCACCCUUCAUCUAGUUACGGUGUGAAAGGAAUGUAUAGACCUAGACCCACUGACCAAUUAUGCUAUAUCCGAUACAGCUCUCCAGCAAGAUUGCUUCCACCUGCAAUCAAGACAUCCAUAUGGGUACAUUCAGAACAAGACUGCAAAGAAGAAUGCACAAGAGCCAGGGAAAAAACUCGCUUCAGAUGUGCAACAUUAAGUUACAUGGAUGGCCAAUGUGAAUUAAGUGACAUUGAGCAAAGAGACCUUCGUCUUGGUUUCGACUAUCUAGAGGACAAAGAAUUUUGGAUGUUUACAUGGGACUUUGGUACAUCCGGCUGCUACUAUCCACCCCCUCCAGGCAAACUAUCCAACCUCAAUGACAACCGUAUCUAUCCAGACCGCGGUCUCGAAUCCACUUGGGCUCAUUACACAGUUAACGGCUUCCCUUGUAAAACAGGUACGGUCUGUACGCAAAACCCAGAAGUCGGCGUAUGGACCUGCCCUGUUGAAAACGGCGAUUGGGACUAUUGCUGCAGAUCGGGUCAUCAAUGUGGCUUCUCCGAAGGCUAUAACUACCCUUGUUCUAAACAACAUACACAUUUCCCCCAACAAAAUUGGGGGAGGACCAACUAUUGGUGCAAAAAAGUAAAGUCAAGGUGUUACGUGGGAAGUGCAGAUAAGGAUCAAUGGAGGCCUUGCAGCGAUUCCUAUUAUCCUUAUGCUCACUCCGGCAGGAAGUUGCACUGGCCAGUCGCUUAUUUGCACAGAGAAGGUCCCCCGAACGUGACCCUUGAGCACAAGCCAUCAAUAGUAGACACUUUCCUCAAGAACCUAGAGAAGGACAAGGGGCAAAAGACUGGUAAUGAAAUCGCUAACAAGUUUAAUUCGACAAUGCUCAAGGAGAUAAAACUCGGAGCUGAAAUGAGGACACAGGCGGAUGUUUCAGCAGUGAAAUCGGAUGAUAGUGCUAUGAACAAGUUUUGGAUCUUGAGUCAAUCAAAAUACAACAACACCGAUUCUGGCAAUACCACACUCAGUGAAAUAACAACACCAACUACAAACAAUUCGACACCAGCUAAUUUGUGAACCAAAGACAUUUUUUAAGAUAUAAAUUUGUAUUAUAGAUUUUUUUAAUUUAUUGUGUUGUUCUUUUUACGGUGCUUUUAACUCCUUAUAAUUUGUAACUUUUUCCAAAAAAAAAUUGUGUUAUUUGUUUACAUACUAACAAUAAAUGUUUGUACAGAGUAGCAUUUAUAUAGAAUUUUUUAAUGUGAUUGCAUUUAUUAUAAAUGCAUAACUAGUCAUCAACAUAAAAGUGAAGCAGUAAUUUUAAAAACUAAAAAUACGGAAGUAGGAGAAACAACAGAAUUAAACAGUUCCAUCACCAUUUGUAUUGUUUUUAUUGAGAUACCAAAAUGUUAUAAUAAUCAAUACAGUAAAUGAUGCCUAAACAACAUUACAAUUGUAAGAUAUGUACAAAAUAAAUUAGUAUCUUAUCAAAUUCAA